AUGUUCGCUAACUCCAGCGCUGCUGCCGUUACGGCCGCCUCGAACUCGCCGCAGAGGUCUCCCCGCCCGUCUCCGAAGAAGGCUGCGGUAAAGAAGGCUGCGGCCAAGAAGGCUGCGGCCAAGAAGGCUGCGGCCAAGAAGGCUGCACCGAAGAGGGCUGCACCGAAGAAGGCUGCACCGAAGAAGGCUGCACCGAAGAAGGCUGCGGCAAAGAGGGCUGCGAAGAAGUCUGCACCGAAGAAGGCCGUGAAGAAGGCUGUGAAGGCGGCGAAGAAGGCUGUGAAGAAGGCGGCGAAGAAGGCUACGAAGAGGACUGCGAAGAAGGCGGCGAAGAAGUAA